CUCAAUUGUGAUAGGGCUAAUAGAAGACACCAGGCAAAAAUGAUAAACGUUAUGAACACUGCAUGGAAAAACGAGAAGCCCACAAUAAACUUCACUACCAGACCAUAUAAAGAACCUAGACUUAAUGAACCAUUGUAUGAUGGAAGUAAAACCACAAUCCUACAAUCAGUGUUGCGCCAUUUUGUGACUUUUUGCUCGAACAAUGGAAUGUCAAAGUCUGCAGUGAGCAUGUGUUUGUCAAAUGAAAAAAAAGUACUUCCUCAACCAAACAAGCUACCUAAAAGUUACAAAGAAGCACAUGACAUGGUGAAACACCUUUUGAUACCAACAACAACCUAUCAUUGUUGUGUCAAUGACUGUCAGAUAUUUAGACUUCAACAUUCAGAUGAUAUAAAGUGUGCUGUUUGUGAUGAGGAUAGGUACUUGACCAACUCCCAGAAUCCAAGAAAGACGUUUACCUAUAUACCCUUAGGUCCUAGACUAGCAAGAUGGUAUGGCACAGACAAUGUCUGUAAACUUCUGUAUUCCAAACAGGAGGUUGCAAAUGGAAAACUAGGGGAUUUUACAGAUGGAUCCAUAUAUCAAUCUUGGUAUGAAGAAGGGGGCGUCUUUGAAAACAUGGAAGAAUCGUUAACCGUUCCAUUAGCUUUAUUUACAGAUGGACUUAACCCGAAUAAAAGUAUGGCUACCCAAAAGUCCAUGUGGCCACUUAUUUUGACAUGGUUAAAUUUGCCUGUAAAUGUUAGACAAAUUCUUGGCCCAAUGAUGCUUGUUGGUAUUAUUCCAGGAACCAAAACAGAAGAACCAAAACAUCUUGAUCCUUAUUUAGAAUUAAUUGUGGAUGAACUAUUGACAUUAUCCGAAUCUAAACUUUUUAACACCUACAAAGGAGCACCCUGCAAAGUUAAAGUGGCACUAUUACAAUAUCAGUGUGAUAUACCAGCAUUUGGCAAGCUGUUACAUGUGUCAAGUCAGGCAGCAUUAAGAGGAUGCCCAUACUGUAGAGAAACUGGGGAAUACUGUAAAAACCUGCACAAAGUCGUCCACUUAAACAACAGAUCAUUUUUACCUACCAACCAUCAUCUACGAUCAGAUACCACAAACUAUGCAUCAAAGAGGGAAGAAUCUUCAACUACUCAGCACAUGUAUACCAACGAAGAAGAGUAUGACCUAAGGAAGCAAUAUGAUGAUCUACCAAACAAAAAUCAGAAAAACAAUAUGCAAAAAAGAACUGGUUUGAAAGGUACAUACAGCUUCAUGAAACUACCAUAUCAUAAGAGAUCAGAACAGAUGCAACCAGAUGGAAUGCACACAAUUGCUGAUGUUAUUGGUAAUGUUUUGGACACUGUUACUGGAAAAGAUGAUUCAAAGAAAGUAAGGCUAUGUGAACAAGAGUUCGAUCGUUUUAAAGACACUUAGGUGAAAGAAAAUACAGAUGUGACAGAAGAGUUAACAGACGAUUCCAGCAAUGAAGUAGUGGGUCAGAAAAGGAAAUCAGUUACUCAGAUAAAUGUGCAGCAGAAAAAGAAAAAGAGUAAUGAUGUUGUACAAUGUGUAUUACCACCUGCUCCUUGGAGGUUAGAUCGUACAGCUCUAGCAGUUGCAGAUAAGAGAGCCAAAAGUUUGCAAUACCCACCAGGUUAUGACUACCACCCAGACAAACAUUUCUCGAAGCCAUGGACACUCAGAACUAUGCAUGGGAAGCUUCAGUUUGUCACGAGCAAUGCUGCUGCUUGGUGUUUGCAUGGUUUGUUAGGACCAGAA